CAUUGCUGUGACAAGUGCAGGUGAAUGGUACCUCCAGGCUUGCAGCUUCCCCAGUAGGACACAACCAGAUUUCUGUGCUUCGAGCAAAUGCCACAGAGUUAGUUAAUGCGUAGAGGAGCCGAUUGUGUCUGAGCAGCCAUGUCUGAGAUCAAGCUGUGGGCCUUUUGGAGGGCCGUUCUGGCUGAAUGUUUAGGAACGAUCAUCUUCGUGUUCGCUGGCCUCUCUGCAGCCAUAGGGAACCACAAUGUUUCUUUUCCUGACCACGAGUUAAAAAUGGCACUCGCCUUUGGUUUGGCCAUCGCUACGCUGUCGCAGUGCGUAGGUCAUGUGAGCGGCGCCCACUUGAACCCCGCCGUCACUUUGGGCUUGCUGGCCACCUGCCAGAUCAGUUUUUUCCGGGCCUUCUUCUACAUGGUAGCUCAGAUGCUGGGUGCUGUGGCUGGCAGUGCCAUGGUGUACGGUCUGAGGCCAGAAAGCACAGUCGCCCUUGGUGUUAACAAGUUAAAUGGAAUCAGCCCCUGUCAAGGUUUUGGGUUUGAGUUCCUGCUCACCCUGCAGCUGGUCCUGUGUGUGUUAACGGUCACUGACAAAAGGCGGAACGUUCGAGAAUAUGCACCUCUGGCAUAUGGACUUUCCAUGGUGACGGGGCAUCUUGCUGGGAUCAGCUACACAGGAUGUGGUAUCAACCCAGCUCGAUCUCUUGGGCCUGCACUUAUCCUGCUGUCUUUUGAGAAUCAUUGGGUGUACUGGGCCGGACCGAUGAGUGCUGCUGUGGUGGCAGCACUUCUGUACAAUUACCUGCUGGCUCCCAGAGAGGAGCGUUUUACUGAACAAACACGAGCCUUGCUUUGCUGCGGAUGGGAAGAAGUGGUAGAAGAAGAAACAGAGCCUCUUCUGGGAGAAGCCAAGGGCGUGGAAUGAUUAAAGGAGCUUCUCUGAAUGAAAAUGCUCAAUUUUGUAUUAUGUUUUUCAAAAAAGUUGCAUCAUUGAUGCUCAAAUAUAAAAUUUUAUGAAGCCUAUGUUUUUAUAUGGGCACUUUUUUUAAGGACAAGAUGUGAAUAUAUUUAAGUUUACAUGUUGAUAGAAGUCAACACACAUUUUUUAAACCACCAGUACAAUAAA